AUGGCUGAGCAGUUCACUGUCCCUCUCCCCACCGCCACUGGCCUCAACACCCCCGCUGGCCAGCUGAUCAAGGGCGCCACCCAGGACGACGGCUCCCUCCGCGACGCCGCCCUCCUCCUGGGCAUCAAGCUCGACCUUGAGGCCGAGGUCCACCUGACUGCCCGCGUCAAGGGUGAUGUCGUCGUCGGCCUCUACUAG